UUUCAAAUUAUAAAAAACGAAAAAUUUCCAAAAUUGAUCAAAUAUACUUAGAUGAAUUAAAAUCAUUAAGAAAAUCUAAAAAAAUUAGUUUAGAAAUAGUACAAGAAUGUUUAAAGAUUGAGAAUCAGAAAUUUUUAA